CCCAUAAUAGCCAGGGCAGCGCUAGGGAGGAUGAUGAUGACGAAGAGCAGGCGGCGUUCUUGGCUGCAAGGUUUGCAGCGCAGGCGGCCAAGCUUCCGUGGGAUCCUGAGCAGCUGCCCAGCUCGGGACUGAUGUCUCAACUGCAGCUGGUGUCGGAUGGCGGCCUGCUGCGCGCACUAGUACGCGCCAUUCUGCCGGUUGCCAGUGCGGCCGAUAGUAUCACACAGCAAGGGCAGCUGCACCAGAGGGCACGGGAUGUCCAGAAGCUGUGUGGCCUGCUGCAGCAAUUGAUGGCGCUGCCGGGGCAGCGUCAGCGCGUGCUUGUCAUGCUGGCAUUCAGUGCAGAGCUGAUCCAGCGCCUGUGGUUCAGCUACCUGCGCCCAGCCCAGAUGGCACCAGGCGAGGGCUGGGUGCCAUCAGCCGAUGCGGCCUGUGACCCAGGCUGGAUGCUGCCCCUCAACCUGUUCAGCCUGGCUUACAGCACCUUCAUUAUCACAGCCGGCGACGACGAGCUUUACCAGGCACAGCGCCCGCUGCCACUGGCUGAGCUGCACGAUGGCCGUGGCGGCGGCGUGCUGGCGCUGCUGAAGAUGGCACUCUGGCACGCCCUGUGGGUGGAGGUCGCCCCCUCUUCAGGCGGCUGGUUGCCUGAGGCAGCAGCGCUCCGUUUGCAGCUGAAACAGGGAGCAGGGAAGCUCAUGGGGCAGCUACACAGCCGCAAUUGCCGCCAUGCGUUUGCACCGCCCGAGGCGUUUCAAAUAGACGCCCUGCCUGCAGACCGCUUCCAAUCGGAAAUCCAGGCCGGCACGGCAGCAGGGCGGCAUCUGAGCGAGGCGGGCAGCGGGCGGGCCUGGGGCCUGCUGGCAUUUGCCCCGUUUUUGGUGCCCUUUCGGGAGCGGGCUAAGCUGUUUCAGGCGGUUGUGGCACAGGAGCGUGCGCGGUACCGCGAGAUGGAGGUCAUGCACUCGCUGGCCCACGAGUUUGGAGCUGCCAACCACUUCUACCCCAUCAAUCGCACACAGGUGUUGCAAGAUGCGUUUGAAAAGCUGAGCAAUGUGGGAGAAGCUUUGCACGGACGAAUUCGCAUCCAGUUUAUUGAUGCGCACGGGCUGGAGGAGGCGGGUGUGGACGGGGGUGGCAUCUUCAAGGAGUUUAUUGAGACGGUGGUGCAGGAGGGGUUCGACCCCAAUGUGGGAUUGUUCAAGGCCACCACCGACAACAGGCUGUACCCCAACCCGCAUGCACAACUGGUAGUGGAGAAUGGGCUGCGCCUGAUUGAGUUUCUGGGCGCCAUGCUCGGCAAGGCGAUGUAUGAGGGUAUCCUGGUCGAGCUGCCUCUAUCACCUUUCUUUCUUAAACGUUUUGGUGGUGCUUACUGUGACAUCAAUGAUCUGCCGACUCUUGACCCAGAGCUGCAUCGCAACCUGGUCUUCCUGAAACGCUAUGAAGGUGACGUGGCAGGCCUUCACUUGACCUUCACUAUCACCGAUGACGUGUUGGGCACCGCUCGAGAGGUUGACUUAGCACCCAACGGGCGGGACGUGGCAGUGACAGCCGACAACCGGCUCGCUUACAUCCAUCGUGUGGCCGAUUACCGCCUCAACCAGCAAAUCCGAGAACCUGCGGCAGCGUUCCUCAGGGGGCUGCACAAGCUGAUCAAGCCUGAGUGGGUGCGCAUGUUUAGCGAGGAGGAGCUGCAGAUGCUGAUCAGCGGGGGACAGCAGGGUCUGGACAUUGAGGAUAUGCAGGCCAAUGUGCAGUAUAGCGGCGGGUACCACGAGGAACAUCCGGUGAUCCGUGAGUUUUGGCGAGCGCUGGCCACAUUCACGCCGCAGGAACAAGCCAACUUUCUGCGCUUCGUCACAUCCUGCCCACGCCCCCCGCUGCUGGGCUUCCGUUACCUGGAGCCGCCGCUGGCGAUACAGCUAGCGGGCAGCAUGAUGGAUGAGCAGGCGGUCAAUCGCCUGCCCACUGCCGCCACAUGCAUGAACCUGCUCAAGCUGCCACCCUACCGCACUGCGCAGCAGAUCCACGACAAGCUGUUGUAUGCAAUUGAAAGCGGCACUGGCUUCGAGCUGAGUUGAGUGCACAAUUCCGCGAACCUGUUGCAUCUCUACGAGGAGCCUGAACCUUUGUUGAAGCAAUACGAUACCCCAGGGCCGCGAGCGCUUGAAACCAGCCAAUGUGGCAAUGAAUAUUGAGUGCAUAGGAGCAGUCAGGGAGCUCAAUAACCAACUAGCCGUACCGCAGCGCCCUGCUACCGCAGCGCCCUGCACUGCGGUGCCGCUUUCUGCUGGCUUUGGAAGAUUCACAUGAACCGACAGCAUGAGUUUGCUUUUCUCGCCUGCUUGUAGAACAGCUGGCUAGCCAUGCUCAGAUCUGCGCUCUUGUCUACCAACUGAUCAAGCUUCUCGCCGCGAUCCAGCACGCUCUCAAUCGUUUUGUGCAGGAUGAUCUUGGUCUCGUCCAGGUCGCGCUGGAUCUUUGCCAGCUUGUCCGCCGCUUCCGGGUUCUGGUACUUUUGCAGUGCAUCCUGCAGGAGCUGCAGCGCCUGAUCGGGCGUGUCAGCGGUGGCUCCACGCCACGAGUCCCCCCGCUGCGCCUGGAAGUCCUCCAGCACCUUGCUGACCACACAGAAGCCGGCGCGGGCGGGGUAGUCGGCGUCCACAAAGGCGAUGCCCACCAGGCCGUCCUUGUUGUACACGUGGCAAAAAUACUCCUCCUGCUGCACCGUCUGGCGCUGCCCCACCUGCGUCUUGCGCGCCACCGUGCGACCCACAAACGUCAGCAUCUCCCCCACAGUGCCUCUUUGGAAGUAGCCAAAGCUCGACAGAUCGGAGGCCAGGCCCAGCAAAGUGGGUUCCUUCUCUGGGCCCUGAUACUUGUAGAGUUGGAUGCUUGUGAGCUUCACCAUGGUGCUGCCACCUGCUGCUGCUGCUGUCCGUUCAACUGCCCUGGCCACGUCCAGCGGGCGCUGCCGCCGCUGGUGCUGCCGCAGCCGCCCGAGGAGGCUGUCGACUCGCGGCUGCCGCCACUGCCUGCUGAUGCUAGAUGCUCGCCCGGGGGGUGCUGAGGGGCUGGUGUGACCCCCGAUGCCAGACGCCUAGGCUCUAGA